AUGUCAAAUCUUACAAAUCUUGAAUUUGUGGGACUUGAUAUGUCUGGAAAAAAUUACCUGUCAUGGGUAUUAGAUGUUGAAAUGCAUCUAAAUGCAAAAGGUCUCGGUGAAACCAUUAAAGAAAAUAAUGAUGCCUCGAUUCAAGAUCGAGCAAAGGCAAUGAUUUUCAUUCGCCAUCACCUUGACCAAGGGUUGAAAGAUGAAUAUCUUACUGUGAAAGAACCCUCUGAACUCUGGAAAAAUUUGAAAGAAAGAUAUGACCACCAGAGGACAGUAAUUCUCCCAAAAGUCCGUUAUGACUGGCUUCACUUGCGUUUGCAAAAUUUUAAAACUGCGAGCGAAUAUAAUUCUGUUAUGUUUAAAAUAAGCUCUCAGUUGUUGUUAUGUGGGGAGAAUAUGUUUAAAAUAAGCUCUCAGUUGUUGUUAUGUGGGGAGAAAAUCACUGAUGAUGAUAUGCUUGAAAAAACCUUCUCUGAGAAAAUCACUGAUGAUGAUAUGCUUGAAAAAACCUUCUCUAUUUUCCAUGCAUCGAAUAUGGUGCUACAACAGCAAUAUAGAGAGAAGUGUUUUACUAAAUAUUCCCAGUUGAUUUCAUGUCUUCUGGUGGCUGAACAAAAUAAUGAGCUGUUGUUGAAAAACCACGUUGUCAUACAUCAAAGCACUUUGUGGACCUCUAUCAGGCAUCCCUGA